UUUUUCCCAAGCUUGGGAACGUGGCCUACAUAAGCCAGAAGAGCAAACCGGGCCGCCCUCGUUCCUUAUUACCUAACCCCAUUUCCGUCAUUUUCCCCGCCCCCGGCGCUUCUCUCUCCUCGACCGAAAUCUUCAAGGAGGAAGGAAAAAGGAAGGGAAUCCUGUUCUCCCCACACGCCUCUCGGUUUUCUCCGACUAGCGUUCAUCGCCCCCGACGCUCGCUCGCUCCCGGAAUGUGUCCCCUGAGGUUCAUCCUCGUGUUCUUCUCCGCCGUCCUGGCCGGCUACUUCGCGUGGCGGACCGUCCGGUCAUCGCCGGAGGACGAGGCCUCGACGCCGGAGCCCGCGGCCGAGGCGAAGUCGAGGACGGACGAGGACAGGGAUCCCGGUCUCAGGAAGGUGAUUGAGAACGUGUUCUGGAUAUUCGUCGACAUGGCCAGCGGGAGGUACCUGUGGAGGAACCUCAAGGAGAUGAGGAAUCAGCCGGAUAAGGUCAAGAGCAGCUAGGGUUUUCUCCCCUCCCCCCUUCUCCCUUUUUGGGGGGCUUAAUCGGAAUCGAAUUGGUUCGUGUAUCUCUCUGUAACGAUCGGUGUGAUGUAGAGAUUCCUUUCGCCGCUUGUAAUUGACAUUCUCUCUCUGCUUUUUGGCUUUUCGUUUUUCUCUUUUCGGUCCUCUUGUUUUCGCCGGAGAAGAAAUGGAAUUGAGUUUCCGAUUGCAGCAGAA